GUCGAUGAAAAUAAAUCACUUAUCUUAUGACUAUAAUCAUAUUUAUCUAAGAUAGGUAAUGUCAGAUUGGUAUAUACAGGAAGUAAUAAACUUUUUUCUAUUUCUGACCAACCUGUGUAUCUGAAAGGUUUAAAACAUUUUAACAUUUCUAAGAAGUCACUACAAGAUGGGAUGCUGUUCUUCAAAACCAGAAACUGUCCCCAUAAAGCAAAACAGCAUCCAUCGUAAUUAUGUAAAUGUUAAAGAACCGGCAAGGAGUAGACAAACAGACCAGGAGAAUUUAAAUCAAUAUCAGAAAAUAGAUGAACAUGCUCGAAAGGCUCCAAACAGUGUGAAAAAUUCUGCAGAAGAAUUGGUGAAGUACAUGUCCACUGUCUCCAAGGAUCCUAGAAUGUUGGCAAGAGGUUUUUUUGUCUGGAGUUCAGAAAACAUCAGGUAUGAUGUGGAAGGAUAUUUUGGAAGAGCUGCAAAAGCUCCAAAUGAUGCCGACUCAGUAAUGAAAAAUGGCAGAAGCGUGUGUGAGGGUUACGCCAGUGUCUUUGAAGUGUUAUGCAGGAAAGCAGGUAUUCCAGUAAAGAAGAUUUCUGGGUUUUCAAAAGGUUACAGCUAUUCAGCUGACAAACCAUACACUCUAAACACAAGAACAAAUCAUGCUUGGAAUGCAGUUGAGCUUGAGGGGAAAUGGUACCUUAUAGACAGUACCUGGGGAGCUGGCCAUCUGGACAGUGAAACUAAUUCCUUCAAAAAACAAUUUGAUGAUUUCUACUUCCUUACUGAUCCGAAACAAUUUGUUUCUGCUCAUUUUCCUUACAUGGACAACAACUUAGUGGAAAGUCAGAAAUGGCAACUACUGCCUAAACCACUCAGUCUUGAGGAAUUCAACAAAAAUGUUGAAUUUAAACCAGAGGCUUUCAGGCUUGGAGUUCUGGCUACCAGUCAUCCACAAGCAUAUUUUGAAAUGAAGAAUGAAGUGAAGAUGACAUUCAAAAGUAAAGAAAAGAAGGAGAUUGCUAUUAUGGCAAGACUGAUGUUGAAGGAAGGAAACUGGUUGAAAGAACAACGAAACACAACAUUUGGAUAUCUGGAAAAUGGAGUUUACAAAUUAUUGGUACAUCCAAAAAGUCCUGGAACUUAUCAGUUGACUAUAUUUGGUAAACUUGUUUCUGAUGACAAAAAUGAAAAAUUUCCAGAAAUUAUGGAAUACAUUAUCAAAUGUACUGAAGUCAAGGACAAGGACCAUGAAUAUCCAGUGGCAUUUGGAGCAGCUAGCACUGAAAGAUGCAUUCUACAUGAGCCUCUGAGGGGAAAUCUACCUGCAAACACUCAAGUCAAGUUCCGGGUGUCUGCUCCCCACCUCGAUCACAUCAAGGUUGAACAUACAUACCUGGAGAAAUCAGGAACCAUGUUUACAGGAAAUAUAACCACACAUGCUCCAGGAUAUCAAGUGUCCAUGUUUGGUAAAAGGGGAGAAAAACAUGGCAAACUGGAUGGCUUGUAUCAAUUUUACACAGUUUGACUUUAGAAGACAGCAACAUCAAGUGUACUGUUUAACAGACUGUUUCAGUUUGAUGUUAAUCAAAUUUAACAUUAUGCAGAAACCAUAAGUAAGCAUCUGUAAAUGUUAUGCUGUUGUAAAUUUUAACUGAGAAUAAAUUAAGUGUGAUAUUUGUUUUAUUAAAAAAUAAUAAAUA